CCAUCCCUAAGGCGCCGGCGUCAGAAGCAUAAAAAAGAAAUAAACUGCUCGAAAUUUCUAUAUAAAACUUAAUUGUUGCUAAAUAUGUCCGUAGAAGAGCUUAAAUCCAUUGAGGCUGAAUUUGCUGCACUGCUGGAACAGGCGAAAAGUGCGCGUGUUAAAGGCGUUCUCACCCAGGCCAAAGCAGAGGUAGAACGUGAAAUUGUCAAUUUAGAGAUUAAGGCUCGUCUGGCCGCUGAGCGUCAAGCAGGUGGCUCUACUCAACAAGCCAAGAGAUAUCUACACGAGCUCACCGACUAUGGCUGGGAUCAGAGUCCCAAAUUUGUAAAACUUUUCAUCACAUUAAAUGGCGUUCAAAACUGCACCGAAGACGCCGUCACUGUCAACUACACUCCUUCAUCAUUGCAACUCUACGUAAGGGACUUAAAUGGUAAAGAUUUUGGCAUCACUGUUAACAACUUGCUGCAUACCAUUGAUGUGGAGAAGAGUUAUCGCAAGAUCAAAACCGAUAUGGUGGCCAUUUAUUUGAAAAAGGCCCAAGAGGGCCAAAACUGGGACGUUCUGACUGCCAUACAGAAGCGUCUUAAACAGAAACAGGAUAGUGAAAUGUCCAAGAGCGGCGAUAAUCCUGAAUCAGAAUUGGUCAACAUAAUGAAGAAAAUGUACAACGAAGGCGAUUCAAAGACAAAGCAAAUGAUUGCCAAGGCCUGGACUGAAGGUCAGGAGAAGGCUAAAUUUGGCAAGGAAUUUGGCGGUGGUCUUGGCGACUUGGGUGAUCUUUAAAUGGAGCCAUCGUCAGUUAUAUGCAUAUAUAUAUACAUAUAUAUUAUUAUAUUUAUAUGUGUAUAUAUGUGCAUGUGAAUAUAUAUAGUAGAUUAUAAAGUUUGUACUAGAUUCUAGGCUCAAAAGUGCAAAACUUAUGCGCUGUAAUAAAGUCUUUAAAAGAAUGUAAA